AUGCCUAAGAGAGUUUCAGUUGCAAAUACCAUCCAAAGAACGGAAUCAGUGAAAGAUCAGGAUGAAUGUCAGGUAGUUUAUGAAGAAUGUCCCAUCAGCUCUGAUUCUGAAAUGAAUGACGAAGGCCAGACUGGCACAAAGAUUUCACAGCCAGAGACCAGUUCUGAGGCCAACUACUCUACUGCUCCAACUGCAUCUUUGCCUGAGGAGCAAGUUGCGUUUGAGGGGGAGUCCGUUACCAGUAGCGUUGAGGAAAUAAUGCAUCUAAGAGGACGGCAGGGAGGAGAGGAACACGACAACGAGUCGGUCCAGUCUCCAGGCAUCACACUGGAGAAGUGCCUCACCUCUAGACAGAGGGCGACUGCUGACAGGGAGCCGGGCCUGACGGCGAGGAACAAUCCAAGACAGGGUUUGGACAGCAUUGCUGAGAAUGAAGCCCUUGGAAGCCAGGAGAUCAAGGUUGAAGAUAACAUCUCAGUUCCAACACUUGUUGCACCCACCUGUGAAAACAGACAGAGUGCAAGUGUGCAGCCACAGCACCAUCGUGAUAUAAGGACUGUUCUGGUGAAGGAGGAGAGCAGCCUCGUGCUGAAUGAGGCCCAGGCCACGCAGGGCAGCAGACGCAUCCGAUGGAAUGUGGAGCCAGUCAACAUUGAGAACUCCUCCAGUCCAUUAAUGGAGAGUGGGGAGACAACGAGGGACGAGGGUUGCAUCACCCCAGAGUUCAACACCAACCAGUGUAUCUUCUACCCAGUGAAGGAGGAGGAGAGGGAGGUUCUACUUGGAGCUGUUCAGACCAACAGUGGGAAUUUAACAACAGGAGCAUCCAGUGAUGCCCAGCAGACAGAACUUCAAGAAACCGAUAGUAUUUCAAAUAAAGGGAGCCAUCAUGUACCAGACUACCAGGAAAUGAGAGUGAGAGGACAAUUGUCAGAACCAGGGGUCUGUGACUUUGCAGAUGGACAAGCUGUGGCAGACACUGAGUGGCAGCAUCCACCAGACCUCCGGGACUUUCUUCUCCAGAGUUCAGAUGAAGAGGACGUGGGUGGUGAGGAAUUGUCUGAUCCUCAGCUUGACUCAGAAGCUGAAGUAAUGGCCUAUUUCUCCAAGAACCAAACAAACAGCGCACAACAGCCAGAUGAGCCGUCACAAAGUUUGCCGACUUCAACGAGCCAGUUCCAAACACUGAGAGAGGAAAACAAGACCAGAGAGCCUAUUGACUACUUCUCCAGUUAUUUUGGUUGGGAUACCUGGGUAGAAAUUGCAAAUUGCACAAAUAAACUGUCCAACAUGCCCAAACUUGUCACAGCCAGAGAGGUUGCACAAUUUAUUGGGAUCCACAUAGCAAUGGGAACUUUAAAGUUUCCUAGCCCAAGGCUCUAUUGGGAGGACUUGACUAAGGUGCCUUUGAUUGCUGAAGCCAUGCCACAUUCCCGUUUCCUAGAGCUGUGUCGCAUGUUGAAGCUUGCCUCUCCUGCAAAAGAUCCAGUCAACGGUAACGUUCAGGAAGGAAGGCAUGACGGUGACACUCAAAAUGCACUGCAAGAUAAAACUCUCUCAAGCAGGCAAAGUAAAAUGUGUCAGCGUAGUGAUGGGCAGAGACAAAAGGACACGCCAAAUGACCAGAACAGUUCGAAAACACUGACUGAUCCGCUGUGGAAGGCUCAGCCAUUAUUGUGCCGUUUCAAAGCAGGAUGCCAGUCGCUGAGAAGAGAGGGUGAUUAUGCGGUUGACCAAUAUCCCCUUCCUUUGACUGGGAAGAUGAACAAUAAGAAACUGUCUCUUUACUGUACAACAUUAAUUGGAUUUGGCGGUUUGCUCCUACAUGUGGAUCUCAAGUUGGGUCCUUCCGGCAAAGAAGAUGCUGUAGAAAAAAUGGUCCCCAAAGGUAGUAUGGUGUUUCUUUGCAAACAGGAACUCUCCACCCCUGCUAUGCUAGAGCGUCUAAUAGUUGCUGGCGUCGAUGGUGCAGGAAGGGUUGGAGGAGCCAGAGGACAGAUUGGAGAUGAGUUCGUAAGCUCAGACGGGAAGCUGAUGUUACGCAGAUCGCACUGUGGCUUCAUACUUUCUACUGCGGGAAAUGGCCAGAGGAACAUGGCUUCACUCAUUGACAACUUUGAGAAGGCCCAGAUGUCAGCUCAUCUCAACCGAGAUUUGCAGAAUCUUUACGCUAUCCCUCUCACUGCCUCAGCCCCAACCUGCUGGCCUCAAGCGGUGCUUUGGUACCUAACAGAUCUAGCUCUGGUCAACUCCUGGCUCCAAUACAGACAGGAUCACAGGGCAGUGUCUGCACCUUUGACUUUCAUGUCCUUCAGAUUGGAGGUGUCUAAGUCUUUGAUCCGCAGUAGCAGCUCUGAUACCCAGGACUCUGUGCCUCCUCAACCCCCAAAAGAGAGGGCUCAUGCAACAAAUGAUACCCCCGGUCCACCCAGCCUGGUGGAGGAGAGUCCUCUACCAGAUGCAGCCACAAGGUACGAUGGUUCGGGCCACUGGCCAGAGCAGCUUGGAGAGGGAGAAGGGGGCCGGUGUCGCUUUGGGGACUGUCAAAGAACAUCUCGCGUGCUAUGCCUUAAGUGCUGUGUGUUUCUUUGUAUCUCACGCAACCACAACUGCUUUUUGAAUUUCCAUAAUCAAGGUAGUUUUGAAAAACAGUAGUGUCCACCACAGAAUUUCCCCAUUUUUUUCCCCCAACAUUUUUCUCUCUGAGUUAGAAUGUAUCUGUGCUUUUGGUGAAUGAAAACCCAGCUUAUCAAAAAAUACAGUACUUUUCCAUGAUGCCUUUCACUAGCAGUGGCAUACUUGUGAGGGAUUAUUUGUACUGCAAUUCAAAAAAACAAGUGCUUUGUGAUGUGGCUUAUUAUGUCAUUGAGCAAGUGUAAAAUAAUUUCGCCUUCAGAAGAAAUUGUAAAAAUAUAUGCAUAGCUAUACACGUUGUGCUGCAGAAGAAGCACAACAUAUCAUUUUGACAUUUCAAUUACCAUGAUUUUUCUUUUUUUUUACUAUUUAUUUUUAACCUAACCGAAUUUACAUUCCAUGAUGAGCUUGCU